CCUUAAAAAAAAAAAAAAAAGACAUGGAUGGCUUGCUUCAAGAUCUGCUAAAGUUACAGGCAGAAACCUCCUUCCACUCCCCUUUCAUGAACCGCACCGCCUUCCUUCCCUACACCAAUAUUUCUUCUUCUUCCUACUCCUCUCUGGUCCAUUGCCCUAGCAUGAACAAGAAGAUGAUAGAUUUCUUGAGGUCCAAUUGGCAUCUCAACAUGAAUCUCAAAACUCAAAACCCAGAUCGGGAACGCUGUUAUCGACACAUGUUGAAUGAGAGAAUCAGAAGAGAGAAACAAAAGCAGAGUUACUUUGCCCUCCAUGCUCUCUUGCCUCGUGGCACCAAGAAUGACAAGAACUCCAUAGUUCAAACAGCAUCCAAGAGUAUUUUGGAGCUGCAGCGCUUCAGAGAAGAAUUGAAGAAGCGAAAGAGUGAGUUUGAGGGAAAUUUGGUGGUUGGAAAUAAAACGGAAAACACAGGGGAAACCCAGAUUAAAAUAAAAGUAGGAAAUCCAACGUCUGGGGUUGAUUCAAUGCUGCAAGUCCUUAAAUGCCUCAACAAUAUGAACUCAAAACUUACCACCAUCCAAGCAAACUUCUCUCCUCACCAAUUAUCUGCUGUUAUAAACAUUGAAACUCAGAUGAUAGCUGGCGAUGUAGAAAAGGCCGUGCAUACAACACUGCAUGAAGUUGAAGCGAAGCACCAGUUUCAAUUCCCGGAAGAUCAUCAUCAUCAUCACCCACCAUGUUAUAUUAUGGAAUCGGCUGAUACAGAACUCAAUAUUUACAGGUCAUCUUAAUUAAUUAUCAAUAACCCAAAACAGUAAAGACGAAAAUGUGGGUCAAUUUUGGUUUUUUCUUUAUUUUCACGUUUCAUAGCCUCUAACGAUUAAUUAUAUAUAUAUAUAUAUGUUAUUAUGCAUGUGUUAGUUGUGGUCUUAGUUUUUUGACUAUAUAUUAACAGUUUAAAACCACGACGAUGAUAUGUGCAUAUCAUAUGAAGUACUGUGUAAUAUUAAUUUUCUAGAUCUUCUAAUUUUGAGAAUGAAUGAAGUUAGUUGAUCCCUUGGGCUCUGAAGAGGUAAAAAACUGUUGAAUCUGUAAAUAUUACAGCAGAGCCGAUGAUAGGACAGUUUGUUGACUGUUUUCACGUUGAAGUAAUUGUAGAUAUGUAGUAGUAUCAAAGUUUGUCCAUGAAAUCCUAGCCAAGUAUUGUUAAUUGAACAUGGGCCGGAAGAGUAUGGACUGGGAGCCUGAGAAUAAAGGAGGACCCAUGAUGAAAGUUGUCUCAUUUACUGCAGAAGACUUGGUCUCUGGAGUUGUUUACAUCAAGGCAAAUUCAGUUCCACAAAAUAAGGAUUUUGUUGCAAAUAAAACUGCAGUAUAAUAGCUCUUUUUUCUUGAUAAAUAUGUCUUUAUUUGCUACAGAUUUUUAGAUUGUUAAUUGCUCAAAUUCUUGUGUAAAAGGUCAGUCAAUAGAAGAAUAUAAGAUUUCUGCAGUUCCCCCUUUCAGCUUUAUAAACUCU